CCAUCUGGAAGGAUAAAUGGGAGGGGAGAGUGGGCUGGGGCAAUAGCAGCAGCAACUGGUCAAGGUAAGCACCCCAGCAGACCCCACCACCUGGGGUUAGUGCACUGAGUAGCUGAGCCUCACAUCUGGAGCAGCAGGACCUCAGACUCCGGAUGCUGAGUCUGCUGGUGCUGGCACUGCCCCUCCUGCUGAGCCAGGGCCACGCGGCCCCUGCCCAGAGCCAGGACCUGGAGAGAGGGGGCAUCGUGGGGGGGCAGGAGGCCCCUGGAAACAAGUGGCCCUGGCAGGUGAGCCUGAGACUCAGAUACCAGUACUGGAUACACUUCUGCGGGGGCUCCCUCAUCCACCCCCAGUGGGUGCUGACCGCCGCACACUGCGUGGGACCGGACAUCACAGACCCUUCAUUCCUGAGGGUGCAGCUGCGGGAGCAGCACCUCUAUUACCGGGACAAGCUGCUGCCCGUCAACAGGGUCAUCGUGCACCCCAACUACUUCACCGCCGAGAACGGGGCAGACAUCGCCCUGCUGGAGCUGGAGGAGCCCGUGAGGGUUUCCUGCAAAUUCCAGCGGGUGGCUCUGCCCCCUGCCUCGGAGACCUUCCCCCCGGGCACCCCCUGUUGGGUGACAGGCUGGGGUAAUGUGAAUUCAGGAGUGCCCCUCCCCCCGCCGUACCCCCUGAAGCAGGUGAAGGUCCCCAUCGUGGAAAACAGUGAAUGUGACUCCGAAUACCACGCUGGCCUCUACACGGGGGACAACGUCCGGAUCGUCCGUAAGAACAUGAUCUGUGCCGGGACCACGAAUAAGGACUCCUGCCAGGGAGACUCUGGAGGGCCCCUGGUCUGCAAGGUCAAUGGCACCUGGAUGCAGGCGGGUGUGGUCAGCUGGGGUUUCGGCUGUGGCGAACCCAACAAGCCCGGCAUCUACACCCGCGUCACCUCCUUCCUGGACUGGAUCCACCAGCACGUCCCCAAGGAGCGCUGAGCCCCUCCCUCGGGCUGCCACCUGGGGCCGAGGAGAAUCCAGCCCCCUCCUGCCCCAGACCACUGCUUCCUGCCCAGUGUCUGCCCUUUCCACCUCCCUGCUCCCUGUCCCGAGCUCCACCAGCCAACCCCUCCUCAGCCCAGGGGGCAGGUGGUGGGCACUGCCCCUCAUUAAAGUGUGUGAAGAGCA